UCUCGCGAGCUUUGUGUCAGAAACAGUUGAUUAAAAUGUCAGUACUGUCCAAUUCACGGGCUUAAAGCAGCAGCGACAUACUGCAUUUUCCCUGAAGUAUUCAAAGAUCCUGACUCUUAAAAACUUUCUAGUUCUUGUAAUAGAAGUGGGGCAUCAUGAUUUGGACAAAAGGUACGAGUCUCUAUACCAGAUUUCUUAUGUGGCUUCUUCUCCUAUAUAUGUUCAUCAAGAAGGUAAUGCCUGAAGAUAACAUCAUUACAACCAAGAAAGGCAGAGUCAGAGGGACAAACCUGCAGGUACUGGGGGGAACAGUGACAGCCUUCCUAGGAAUACCUUAUGGACAGCCACCCAUUGGUAGGUUGAGAUUUCAAAAACCUGAACCUCGUGAGAAGUGGUCAGAUGUUUGGGAUGCCACAAAACAUGCAAACUCUUGUUACCAGACUAUAGACACAAAUUACCCGGGAUUUGCUGGAUCAGAGAUGUGGAAUCCAAAAACUAAUCUGAAUGAAGACUGCUUAUACCUUAAUGUAUGGAUUCCUUCUCCAAAACCCAAGAAUGCAACUGUCAUGGUGUGGAUAUAUGGUGGUGGCUUUGAGACUGGGUCGACUUCCCUACCGGUUUAUGACGGCAAGUUUCUGGCCAGGGUAGAAAGAGUCAUUGUAGUUUCCAUGAACUACAGGACUGGGGCAUUAGGAUUUUUGGCUUUGCCUGGAAACCAAGAAGCUCCUGGAAAUGCAGGUUUAUUUGAUCAAAGAUUGGCACUUCAGUGGGUCCAGGAGAACAUAGCAGCCUUUGGAGGCAAUCCAAAAAGCGUGACUAUAUUUGGAGAGAGCGCUGGCUCGGCUUCUGUCAGCUACCACCUCCUUUCUCCAAAAAGCCAUCCUUUAUUCACAAGAGCCAUCAUGCAAAGUGGAUCUGCAAAUGCCCCUUGGGCUGCUAUAACAGCAUCUGAAGCUCGAAACAGAACAGUGGCUUUGGCUAAACAACUCCAGUGUCCCACCAGCAAUGAGACAGAGCUAAUUCUCUGCCUCCAAGGCAAGGACCCGAAGGAUAUACUGGAGAAUGAAAUUUUUGUUGUAACAUAUGAUCCUCUUUUACAAGUGUAUUUUUGUCCAACUGUGGAUGGUGAUUUUCUCUCAGACAUGCCAGAAAGGUUGAUUGAGAAUGGCCUUUUCAAACAAACACAGAUCUUAGUCGGCGUUAAUAAAGAUGAAGGAUCAGCAUUUCUAGCAUAUGGAGUCCCUGGCUUCAGCAAGGAUAGUGAUGGUUUGAUCAAUAAAACAGCAUUUGAAACAGCUUUAACUCUGUGCUUCCCAGAAGCAAGCCAACUUGCAAUAGAAUCUAUCAUUUUUCAGUACACAGACUGGGAAAAUGAGCAAAAGCCAGAACAUUACCGUGAUGCCAUGGAUGAUGUUGUUGGUGACUACAAUAUAAUAUGUCCUGUGAUGGAAUUCACCAAAAAAUUUGCACAACAAGGACACAACACAUUCUUUUAUUUCUUUGAACAUCGAUCCUCAAAGCUCCCUUGGCCAGAGUGGAUGGGAGUAAUGCAUGGUUACGAGAUCGAGUUUGUGUUCGGAUUGCCCCUAGAAAGAAGAGUGAAUUACACCAAAGCUGAAGAAAUCUUAAGCCGCUCCAUGUUGAGAUACUGGGCAACUUUUGCAAAAACUGGAACUCCAAAUGGGACCCUGAUCAAUGGAACAAGAUGGCCAGUCUUCACCAGUACUGAACAAAAAUAUUUGACAUUAAAUACCGACACUGCAGAGAUACUGACAAAAUUGCGUGCUCAGCACUGUCGAUUCUGGAAUAUUUUUUAUCCUAAAGUCCUGGAAAUGACAGGAAAUAUUGAUGAAGCAGAACGAGAGUGGAAAGCAGGAUUCCAUCGCUGGAACAAUUACAUGUCAGACUGGAAAAAUCAAUUUAAUGAUUACACUAGCAAGAAGGAGAGAUGUGCAGGCUCUAAUUAAUAUGUUUACCCUUUCCAGUAUGUCCAUAUUACUGUUCAUCAGGCAGAUGUACAGGUAGCCUUCUAACAUGACUAGCCUUACAUACUGUAUGCAAAUUAAAAAAGUGUUGUGUAUAAAUUUGAUUCCCCAGAUUUUUCAUUUCUAUUUUACCUCAUAUCUCAGGAAACCAUAUAAGGCAUUUAUACCCUUUGAAGCUUCACUGUUAAAUAGGACUGUAGAGAUAAAAGUCUGAAGAUUAAUGAUCUACAUAUUAUUAUAAACACUAGCUGCUUAAAUUCACACUUCAAAGAAACAAUGUAAUCUGUUUUAGAAAAAUUGAUUUUUUAAAAUAGAAAUAGCAGUGUUUUACAGUAUUGCCACGCAAAACACAAUUGAUUUUGAUCUUUAACUGCAGUGCCACCACACUUAAACCUUGCUUCAGACAUAACUUAAUUGACAUAAACAUAAAGAGAUAAUAACUUUGCCACAUGCACCAAAUCAUAUUUGCUUGUUAGACCAAAAAGUUUUAAGACUGCCAUUAAAGCCUAAAUCAUUGCCUUUUUAUGGCCAAAUCUGUAGGACAAAGCCAUGGUAGGAGAGUAUUCAGACUACACAGUGAAGGCCUAAAUCAUCAGCAUUCUGUGUGCAAGUGCAAUGGUGAAUCAAGCCAGAAAUCUCUGCUUCUGCUACCCUCGUUUGCCAAGGAGUAAAGACCUACAGAUUUGCAAUGUAAUGGACUCUCAGCUUUCCCUGGUCAGGCACCCACUGUCUUCAGCUGGUAAAAGUCUCUGCCAUGGAGGUAAGCUCCAAUUAUGAUAUGUUUUGUCCACCAAGUUGCCUCCCAGUCAAGGGACAGCCCCACGUUUACUGGAACAUGACGGGCAAGUUUUUAUACCUGCAGAAGAGCAUUGAUCUGCAUGUCGGCAGGUUCAACAGAAAGCAGCCAUGAAAGCCCUGCUGGGCCAGCCACCUCUCAGCAGGAGAAUGGGAGCUGGCCGUAAAGCCCUUGCUCCUCUUGGGGAAGGCCGGGAAGGAUGUCACUGCAGAGGGACAUUGUGACCUUGGUGGGAAGGACCCAGCUCUUUGACAUGGUCAAGUGAGCUCCAGUUGCAAUACAAGUAGGUAUCUCCUGGAUCCGUUUCUACCUACUCCAGCUGAUUCUAUUAGAAGCUUCUAAAAAACCCCUUGGAUAAUUCUUCUUCAUAAUUCUUUUCUUCUGGGUGGCGUUGGAAGUUGUACGCCUGAAUAACACCUUAAUUAGCUGCUUUUCACUGGCCCGACUGGGAAGAAUAAAUGCCAAAAAUUUGAUAAACAUAAGGAGUAUGUAAAAGCAACAACUCAUCUCAUAAAUAAACGAUCCUGAAGCUUUCUGUAAAUGUAAUAGCAUUUCAGCGCAUCUAUCUUCUGUUCUAGUGACUGUGAGCUCUUAUAAAAUUCCUCUCGAAUUGAGUAGACCAAAGAGAUCUAGAUAAUGAACGGCGAGUGUUCUCUUUCUGGCAAUCAGUUUGACCACACAGGAUCCCGACACUGAAAGGAUUUAUUUUUGCAGAAAGGCCAAAUUCUGCAACAGAUGAUAGUUUAUCAUCUUUUCAGUUAUUUCCAAAGAAUAUGGUUAUUUCCUGACUAAAUUAUGGAAGACCAGUUUUUAGCACAGUAUUUCCAAAGGCUAUACAAUCAAAAAAACUGGUCAUUUUUGAGCAAGCUGGUUAAAACUUGAGAUUAUCUGGGAUUAAAAAACACCCUUUAUGCUUCAUGUUUAUACCACAGGUAAUUAGCUAAUUGCAUACAUUAGCAUAGAUACUGCUAUUAAGAGUUAGUUGGAGAGCUCUGUCAUUUUACAGUGUAUUGGGUAUUUAUCAGAAGUUCCUGAUGAGCUACUGAAGAAUAAAAAAGAAAAGCCACAGAGGGAUGAACUUUCUGCCCAUCGUUGAGCCAGCUCUGGCACUCCCCAUUUUAUUUCUGUGGUGUGCUUCAUAGGCGUGUUGGGUGCUGAUCUGCCACAGUGAGCCUUGACAGCACCAGCAACACUUAGGCAUGUUUAAAAGCAGCAUUUGCCUCUUUUGAUAUCCUCCUCUUAGCUAUAUUUCACUCUAUCUAAUCAGCCUGAACAACGGGGAAAAAAAUCUGAGCUAAUUAAAAUGCACAAGAAACCUUUGGGAAGGGCAGAUGGCAAAGCAGUUUAUAAAGUAUUUUGCUGGGAAGGCGUCCUUUGUCUGCAUGUGCUGUGAGCUAGGCUGGAUAAGGUCUAUCUGAAGACUAAUAUCCUUUCCACAGUAUGCAUACCAUGCCUGUGACAUUCUUAAGAGCGAAUAGGAUGGAGGGAAGAGGAAAGCAAAGCAGGCUAAAAUAAAGGUUAAACCACUUUUUGAAGUGUGGUUUUACUGAUAUUUUCUUGGUAUGAAUAAAUUGCUAGCUUUGUAUUUUUUUCAUAUGCUGGGAGAUAAUAUCUCCUUUUAUCACUCAUAUGAAAUCAAUAUAUCAUGUAGUCAUACAUUCAUAUCCCACACUUAUGCAAAAAUAGGAAAACCCUAAGUACUUGGAUGUAAGUAGAUAAGGUAAUGAAGAGUGAAAAAAGACCAGUCCCCUUUGUGGGUAGUUUCUAACUAAAGGUCAAACAAACUUAUGCUGGAAAUUAUUUGAGGAUACUGUGUCAUUGCUUAAAAUGAUGGUUACAUAUUAGAGGAAUAUCUCACCCAAACCUCACUGAAGAUGUAAUGUUGCUAAUUAAUGUUUUCUUUUGGCUCAAAAGAGGCAAGCAACCAAGAAACCAAGGUUUCUCUGUGAAACCAGAGACAGUAUUUGAGUCUUUCUUACCAUUCUUGAUAUCCAGAACAAGAAAUCUGAAUUUAGUCCCAGAGCUGCUGAAAGAUUAUAAUGAAAUGAACUGCAGUGCCAACAAAAAUGCUGGCAUUGAACCAGUUGUCAUUAGGUUUAUAAGCUAACAGCACACUGAUUAAAUUACAGACGUUUCACACGUAUUUUAGAGACAGUCAUAAGAGGACUGAAGUCAGAAACUUUUCAGCAAAACUCUGUUUAAUUAAAACCACCAGCUUUUGCACUUUAAAUGUUUUGUCUAAAGGAAUUUGGGUUAGAUAAGUUUUCAGUAAAAAGUUAAGCAUUAUUUGAGUGAAAUCCUAUCUGUGCUCCUGCUAGACUAUCAAAAACUGAAGGAGUCGGGAUGUUCAGGGUACCUGGUCUAGGGCACCCUGGUCUGCAUACCUGGACCAACCAAAGUUGAAGCUUUCUGGCUUUGAACAGGGGCCCUCAAACCCCAAGAGUUGUCUCUAGCAGAACUAAGACCCCUCCAAGGUUUCCAGGCUUCAUCCCCACUGCAGAUUUUACACUCAUAGCUUGGAUUCUUGGAAUGGGUGCUCAGGCCUUGUAGCCCUAAGCCCUGGCCAUUGCUCUAGGUUUAUCAUACUGAUAAAGCCAAAUUUCUGUUUAAGUGGAAGCCUGGGUUUUUUGGCCCUCUUUGGUCACUAGAGGUUCAGGCUAUUUAUAUAGCAGAGAUUACUGCUCUGUAAACACAUAAAUACAUGUGCUCAGUUUAGAUCUUCAUGAAUAGACAACUCAUAUGCAUCUCUUAAUAGCAAGGGGCAGAGGCAAAUCUCUCUCAGCUCAUAGUUGGAAAGGUAUCUUUGCAAUGUAGAAUAAUAAUAAAAAAAUGAAUUACACUCCUGAAGUAAAUCGUUGGGGAUAAAAUUAUCUUAUAUUAUGAAAAAGUGAUGGAACUGUCAGAAAAAUGCAUAUGUAUUUCAUGAUGUAUAAGCUUAAUACGAUCUCUGUAGACAUCUCUAAUGUUCCUAUCACAACAGAUCAUCAGCAAGUGAUUGGCCCAUUGUCAUACGCAGAUAUCAUAUAGACUAAUCUGAAGGUAACAUUAACAGUGGAGAGAUAUAUAUUUGUCUCUGUCAAUAUUAUAACAUUGUCUUCUCAGGCUUGAUUAUGGUUCAUGCAAUUCUACUGGCUCAGCACCAGUUCUGCAACAUCAGCAGCUAUUUAGAGGGACAUAAUAAACGUCACCGUACUUCAGUUACACCUGCAGCGUGUCCAGCCAGUAAAGAGCAGCCUGCGCUGGCACUGCCAAAUGCCAGCCUGCCCACAAAGGGCUCUUGCCCUUCCUUCCCCUCCAGUUGGGGGUGGGGUGGGGGGAACCGAGCCAAAACAACCAAGGGGAAAAUAAAUAAAACCACCAAGAGGUAAAAAAAAAAAACAAACGCCAAUCAACCAAGGGGAAAAGACCAAACCAAAACCAGACCAUAAUAACCCCACACAAGCACUUUUGCCCUGGAAUGAUCAACAACUGAAGGGCCUAACACUGUACACAGAGGUACUAAGUAUCCCGGUGCCUCUGUUCCAAUAGUUCCAGCCAAAAAAACCUCCCACUGAAUUGCAAAAUAAGUUUAGGAAUUUGACAGUGAUUCAGAAUAUGGGGCGAGGAAUGAGACCGGCGGGUUUGGCUCAGGCUCGGGGGCUGCUAUGGAAAGUGCUAGUGCCAGCUGACUGCUUUCUCACUGUAUUUUCUCUUCCAAUCCGUAGAACUAUGGGCAUUUGCCAAAAACUCUGACUGCUUUUGGCCAUCCAACGAGUCUAAAACCAAGCACCUGUGUAACAGAUAUGUGCAGCUGUUUAUGUUUACCACGGCUGAUCCAUCUGUAGUACAUGCCACAUGCCUGUUGAUUUACUCUGGGUGGAUUGGGAGCAAGAAUCCAUUAAGAAAAAAAUGGUUCCUGGCUGAAUUACAAGUAUUUCUCUCUUUGUCA